UCCAAAACCCGUCUGCAAGGGUCGCAUCCCACAGAGUCCUUCUCACGAGGGCCUCGCCGCAAAUUUCCUCCUUCCUCCCUCCCUCGUCGUCUCCGUUCCCCUUCGGCGAUGGCCGCCGACACCAACCACAAGAAGGUCGUGGUGAACUUCCAGUCGGUCGCCAACGCGCCGAAGCUGCGGCAGUCCAAGUUCAAGAUUGGUGGAAAUGAGAAAUUUGCGAGGGUGGUUGAAUUUCUUCGCCGCCAAAUUCACCAGGACACAGUGUUUCUCUAUGUGAAUAGUGCAUUUUCGCCGAAUCCAGAUGAGUUGAUAUCUGAUUUAUACAAUAACUUUGGAAUCGAUGGGCAGCUGGUGGUCAAUUACGCAUCAUCCAUGGCAUGGGGGUAAAAGGUGAACUUGCUGAAAAUCUGCUUGAGCAAGCAUAGGAAACCCUUUCGUUUCCAAAAUUAACUUUUCACGGCACUGUUAAUGGAUGUAAAGCACUCCAAAUUGAGUUUCAAAAGGAAGCUCUUUCGUUCACGUGAUAUUCAGCAUAAUGGCAAAAGCAAGAUCGUUUUCCACAUUCUUUCCAUCUGCAAUUAAAACCCAAGACGUCUUUUCUUCCUGGUAGAGACAAUGCUCUGCUCUUCUACGGCUGCCAUUGCUGGAAACGAAUUAAAUUGUUUUGUCUGUAGCGAGAUGCUUACUUGAAUUUUCUUCUCUUCCCUGGAAUCUACCAUCUUUAUUCUUCAUCUUUGAUCGUGCCACUAAGACAGUCACCGGUUGUUGAGCACGUCAAGCCGAGCCUCAAGCGAAAGCUUUUUCGUGCACCUUGAUGUCCAACGUAGUGGCAAUGACAAAAGUUCAUUUUCCGCGUCCUCCAUCUGGCAGUGAAAAACCGUCUUCAUGAUCCUGGUAGCCAUCGUCGACAGUGGUGUGAUGUUUCUUUCUUUGGCUGCGGCCCUGCGGCAAGAUGCUUGCCUGUUAACCUUUCUUCCGAGGAUUGCGUUGUCCUCUUCCUUUUAACAAUUACUGCUACGGUCAUGUCAUUAAGAAGGCUUUCAUUUUCCAGUUACUGUCAUGGUCAUGUCAUUAAGAUGACUUUCAUUAUGAA